AUGGCCCUUCUUCAAACCAAUAAGGAUCUCAUUGCUACAGGAAUGAAGGAAUUUAACAUUCUGCUAAAUCAGCAGGUCUUCUCUGGUCCUGUUGUCCCUGAAGAAGACAUGAUGACUGUGGUGAACGACUGGGUGAACUUCUACAUCAGCUAUUAUAGGCAGCAGAUGGUGGGGGAGCAGCAAGAGCAGGACGAGGCUGUGCAGGAGCUUCGGCAACAGCUGGAUACUCUGUCUGCCUCUUUCCUGGACAAAUAUAGGAACUUCCUGAGGUCCUUGUGAGCACCCGAUCGCAGGCUGCCUUCCUCCUAG